AUGCCGUCCUUCUCAAGCUACACCAUCGCUAUUUCGAGAGAGGUGCAACGAUAUGAGAGAGGUGGGGGGAAGACAGCUGUCAAUGAAUGGGUGCGGCUAGGAAAUGGCGGUUGGGGAUCAGAUUGGAUCAUGUGUCCGUAG